AAAGAAGAGCAACCAUGUCUCUCAAAAGACCAUAUUUUUUGCUUUCAGAAUCUGAACAGAGGGAAUGGAAAACGGUAACCACUCCACAGUGACCAAGUUUUUUCUCUCUGGGUUAACUGACCAACCAGAGCUACAGCUGCCCCUGUUCCUCCUCUUCCUUGGAAUCUACCUGCUCACAGUGCUGGGGAACCUGGGAAUGAUCAUCCUGAUCCUGCUCAGCUCCCAUCUGCACACCCCCAUGUACUUCUUCCUCAGCAGUCUGUCCUUCAUUGAUCUCUGCCAAUCUACUGUUAUUACCCCCAAAAUGCUGGUGAACUUUGUGGAGGAGAAUAAUGACAUCUCUUACACUGAGUGCAUGAUUCAACUUUACUUUUUUCUUUUUUUUGCUAUUUCAGAAUGUUACAUGCUGGCUGCAAUGGCAUAUGAUCGCUAUGUUGCCAUCUGUAGCCCCUUGCUUUACAGUAUCAUCAUGUCUCAACAGGCUUGCCUUUCUCUUGUUUUUGGAGUUUAUAUUAUAGGUGUGGUUUGCGCAUCAGCUCAUGUAGGAUGUAUGUUUAGGAUUCAUUUCUGCAAAUUUGAUUUGAUCAAUCAUUAUUUCUGUGACCUUAUUUCUGUCCUUAAACUCUCGUGCUCUAGUGUCUAUGUUAAUGAAUUGAUGAUUCUAAUUUUUAGUGGCAUUAAUAUCAUUGCCCCAACCCUGACCAUCCUUAGUUCUUAUUUUUUCAUCAUUAUCAGCAUCCUCCGCAUUAAAUCUACUGAAGGAAGGUCCAAAGCCUUCAGCACCUGCAGCUCACACAUCGCAGCUGUUUCUGUCUUUUUUGGUUCUGCUGCAUUUAUGUAUCUGAACCCAUCAUCUUCCAGCUCCAUGGAUGAAGGCAAAGUGUCUUCUGUAUUUUACACCAUCAUUGUUCCCAUGCUCAACCCCUUGAUCUACAGUCUGAGGAAUAAGGAUGUCAAUGUUGCACUGAAGAAAAUAAUAGAAAGAUCAUUCUUGUGAAAAAUAAUGUUUAAAAUAUCUCAUUAGCUCUUAAUC